UAUCAUAAUCAUUGGAAGAUACUGUCAGCUACGUGCAUAAAGGCUAAAUUCCAAGUUAGAAUCUGGGAUGUCUCGCAAAAAUUAAAUGGCUGAUGUUCUUCAGGAAACGUAGCCUAAUAAAUAAUAUGUAAAUAUGUAAAAAUAAAAGAAACAGCAUAGUUACACUAACGGAAACAAAAUGCUUGCAUAAAUCUCAGGUUUCCAUUAUCUAACCGAAAGGAGGAAACCGGAUAAUUGUAUUACAAAUGCAGUCUACAAUAUUAGCUUUUAAAUAUUUAUUCGUUUUCUGUAUUGCAUGUAGGAUCGCCAUGUACGUUGUAUACUUGACUCCAUAAUCCCCAUAAAUGUCUGUUCUUUCCUGUUCUCGCAAAUCGCACAGUAUAUUAUAAAUGGACCGGAAUUUGUGUCCUGGGAGCGACACCGUACAUAAAAUGUCAACCUAGGCCAUCAGCUAGCCUAUAGGAGCUGUGAAGUCUCCUGAAUCGGGACGUAAUGUGCCUUUUCCUAACAUGCACUGUCAUUUGUUUGCUUUUUCUUCAUUCGCUGUUUUUGUAAAUGAUAUUACGUCUGUAGAAAACAGUGCUAACCCAUCUCCCUUCGGACAUGCACAUUUUACUGCGCUCAUACAUACAGCAUAUGCAAAUGAUGUCCUCAAGGUCAUAAUCUGUGAAGAAGAAAGUCAAGGGUAGUGUGAAGCUCAGUAGAUUAUAAGGCUAGCCCUCUGUUUUGACCCCAAGGUUUCCUAAGUUGUCUGUUGCUUUUGACAAAAGCGUUUGCUAAAUUUAAAAUGUUGUCCAUACCAAUAAGUAAUUUGCAUGCUCUGGUAUAAACAUGCUUUUAUAAAAUGAAGAAGAAGCAUCACACCUUCAUCCACAGCCUUAAUCACAUCAUCAGGAUCAAUAGCGACAUAAAAGGCUGUAGUGCUGUUUGAAGCAAAAAUGACCAGAUUGAUCUUAUUUUGAGCCUAUUACAAAGAGACCCAGGUCACUGGAAAAGAGUAUAAUGCUCAGAAAAGUUGAUUUAAAAAAAAGAAAGAAGAUGGUUCAGUAACAAGGUGGCAUGUCCAUCAUAGCAGGGCCAGUCCAACCCUUUUUAGGGCCUUGAGUAAAAUUUGAUUAACACACGUCAUUUGUCAUCUUCCUUCCCAUUCUGACAGGCUGAUCGAAUGUGGGGCCCCCUGGUGGCCACUGGGCCAUAAGCAGCUGCUUAGUUCGCUUAUGCCUUCGGCCGACCCUACAUCACAGCAAUGGUACCCCAGCACUCAUAAUGUCUUCAGACAAAAACUGGUCUGAUGACGAUGGAGCUUCUUCCAAGUUGGUGAGAAAGGCUAAAGAGUCCCCCUUUGUACCAAUAGGCAUGGCCGGCUUCAUGGGCAUCGUCGCCUACGGGCUGUUUAAGCUCAAGUCUCGAGGGGACAAAAAAAUGUCGCUGCACCUCAUCCACAUGCGUGUCCGAGCUCAGGGCUUUGUGGUGGGUGCCAUGACGAUUGGUGUCAUAUAUUCGAUGUACAAACAGUACAUGUCACCAGAGAACACCAACAGUGAUGAAAAAUGAAGGCGUCUCAGCCCAUGUGACCUGUCCAGCACUGCUGCACAUGUAUGGUCCAUCUGUCACCAAGGAAAUCCACCACAGUGCUGUGUCCCUACAUCCGGACAGCCCUUGGUGUCCCCUCUAGAGGCCUGGUUUUCCAUUAACCAAUUUAAGCAGACUUCACAAGCAGGCUUGUUGGUGCUGAGGUUGCAAUUUGCAGUUGGAUUUCAGUACAUUUAGAUGUGGAUAUGUCUAGGGUGAGCUCCAGAGUGCCAAAAGUGUGCUUUAUAUUAGUAGAAGAAAUGUAUAGAGCUGCUCAAAAGCUGACUGAACGUAAAAUUCCCUUUAAAGGUAGGGAGAAAACCAGAAGAGAAAUAUUCAGGGAUACAAAUUUUAUAUGUUUAUUUUGGUACUGUAAUUAGUGUACUGUACAGGAAGUGUCAGUAAUCUACAAAUAAAAUAAUACCAAAAAAAAAAGUUUUUAUUAAUACAAUUUCAAAUUUUUUCAGGUGUCAGGUGUCUUUGUAUGGAGCAUUUACUAUGUGCAAAUACUAUGUUUCAUGUUUUCCAUUUAAAGAGGUAACUACAUUAGACAUUAGAACAGUCAUUUAGUAAUAUUAUUACAUUGGUAUAUAAGAUUGUAUACAUUUCUCUAAUGUAUCUUGUAACAGAAUGAAGUUAAAAGAGCAAAAACUUGUAACAGUGAAAUGCAAGUUAUUUAAAACAUUUAAUACCACUUUGUCUGUAACGUGAUCAAUUUGUACUGUAUGUCCACACAUAGCAUAUCAGUUCUUUAAAACGCCACCUAGUGGCAAAAAUGUCA